GUCUUCUUGCCUCUCCAGCGCCCGGGGUAGCCCAGGCCCGGGAGAGAGCAGAGGAGAUUCGAGCCUCGGAGGGUAGUUGCCGGCUUUCGAGCAGGCUUGAAGACUCUGCCUGCGUCUUCCACUUCGUCCCGGCCCUUGUCCUGUGGCAGGUGCUCCGCUCAAGAUGAAUCUCAACUUCACCUCUCCUCUACACCCGGCGUCUUCUCAGAGGCCCACAUCCUUCUUCAUCGAGGACAUCCUGUUGCACAAGCCCAAGCCGCUGAGGGAGGUGGCCCCAGACCAUUUCGCCAGCUCUCUGGCCUCUCGGGUGCCUCUGCUAGACUAUGGCUACCCCCUCAUGCCCACACCCACCCUCUUGGCUCCUCACGCCCAUCACCCUCUGCAUAAGGGAGACCACCACCAUCCUUAUUUCCUCACCACCUCGGGGAUGCCCGUCCCAGCGCUGUUCCAGCACCCCCAGCACGCGGAGCUGCCGGGGAAGCACUGCCGCCGCCGCAAAGCCCGCACUGUUUUCUCUGACUCGCAGCUCUCGGGCUUGGAGAAGAGGUUCGAGAUCCAGCGCUACCUGUCCACGCCAGAGCGAGUGGAACUGGCCACGGCCCUCAGCCUGUCCGAGACGCAGGUGAAAACAUGGUUCCAGAACCGGCGGAUGAAGCAUAAAAAGCAACUGCGGAAAAGCCAAGACGAACCCAAAGCACCAGACGGGCCAGAAAGCCCCGAGGGCAGCCCCCGCGGUUCAGAGGCCGCAGCCGCCGAGGCUCGGCUGAGCCUGCCCGCCGGCCCCUUCGUGCUGACCGAACCAGAGGACGAGGUGGACAUUGGAGACGAGGGGGAGCUGGGCUCAGGGCCACACGUGCUCUGAGUCGCCAGGCUGGGGAGGGUGGUAGGCAGGGGAAGAGACUGCGGGGCCGAGCGCCAUUCCCUCCCGGACGGGAAGACUCAGAUUCCAGUCUCGUGGCGGGCCUUGGAGAUUCGCUCCUGG